AAUUUUAAUUGUUUAGUUCAAAUUUUGUUGUUCACUUGAGUAGACAACAUGUUACUUUUCCAUCUGUGAUUUGGGUGGAAGUUGAGUCAUGAUUUGUUCCUAAACAGUAAAUGUUGUUUGGUUUUUAUUCUCAUCUCGAUUAUCCAUCUCUCCUUUGAUUGUUCAGAUUUUCUUAAUUCUAUUGUCUUUUAAUUUGAUUUUUUAUUUCGGUGUUUUUCACCAUUUUGUGCUUUUCUUGAUUUAACUGUAAUACUGUGCUUAAGGUGCUCCUAAUGAAUUAUAUUAAAUCAGAUGAAGAUCGACGUCGACGGACGAUAAUUGUUGAGAGAAAAAAUUCUUCCUUUGGAUUCACCUUACAGACUUAUGGGAUACAUCAUAGAAAAGAUGGUGAAAUUGAAUUGUUAACAUACGUUGAUUAUGUUGAUAAAAAUGGUCCAGCAUUUAGAGCAGGAAUGAGACCAGGAGAUGUAAUAUUGUCAAUUAAUGGUCGAGAUAUGGAGAGAGCUGAUCAUCGGACAUUGGUCAAGUAUAUUCAAAGCUGUGAGAAAACCAUGAGAAUGGUUGUUCUAUUUGAAGAUUGUGUUCGUAAAGUUGAAUUACACAUCAAGUAUCUAAAAUUAAAGCGUUUACUUCAUCAAAAGGUUUCAGAAUAUGAAAGAUUAACAGAAAGAGAAAAUCAAUUAUGUCUUCAUUUGAAAAAAUCAUUAUCGGAAGAUUCUGGUUUACACCUUGAUGAACAAAAACCGAAGACUCAAGUGCCCGCGCCAUUGAAGAGCCAAAGGUCAUUUAAUCGAGCGGCUUCAAGUGAAUCUCCAAUGGAAAAGUCAUCAUCUUCUUUGGGUUUGGUGACAUGUAAAACCGAUGUAAAUGAGUGAUUUUUUUUUUCUCUAGAACAAAAUUUCCUUAAAUUUUUUUUUUAAUUGUGAUAAUUAUUGAGAGAAAAGCAAUCAAAAUAAAAGUGCAAACAAACUAAACAA